AUGGAGCUGCUGCUGUUGGGUGACAACGAGGGUGGUAACCACUACGUUCUAAUAAAGGAUGUAAACAGAAUGCUCUUCAGUGUUAGCGGAAACUCAAACAAGAAACACUUCUGCCUACACUGCCUUCACAGUUGCGUUAGUGAGGAGUCACUGGAAAAACAUCGUGAAACAUGUAUUGAGGUAAAUGGAACUCAAGCCACAAAGCUUCCGAGUGAGGGUACAAAAAUAAAGUUCAAAAACCAUAGGAACUCAAUGCCCGCACCAUUUGUAAUAUACGCCGAUUUUGAGUCCAUACUAGUUCCAGAAGAGAGAAAACUUGAUUCUGAAGACCCUGAGGAUAAGAGUACUACAGAACUAUACCAGACCCACAAGGCCUGUAGUUUUGGGCUUAAAACAGUGUGCCACUACGAUGACCAGUACUCCGGUGAAUAUAUAAGCUACGUUGGUGAAGACGCCACAGUGGUCUUUUUGAAGACCGUACUGAAGGAGUCCAUUAAGUGCCGAGAGAUGGUAAACAAAAUAUUUAAGAAAAAGAUGGAAAUCACACCAGAGCAAGAAGCUGAGUUCUGGAUGACAAGGAACUGCUCCAUAUGUGGCAACGACUUAGGUGAUGACAGAGUGAGAGACCACGACCACGUAACUGGACUGUACCGUGGAGCUGCCCAUAAUAUGUGCAACCUAAAAUAUAGAAUCACAUGGAAAGUUCCAGUGGUCUUCCACAACCUAAGAGGUUAUGAUAGCCAUCUAAUAAUGCAGGAAAUCGGUAAGUUUAAGAUGAACAUCAACGUGGUCCCAAAUAACAUGGAAAAAUACAUUUCCUUCUCACUUGGUAAAAGUCUUGUGUUCAUUGACUCAAUACAAUUCAUGGCUUCUUCCCUGGAGGCACUUGUGAGUAACCUUUCACCUGAAGACUUUAAGAUAGUCGGUCAGCGGUGGCAAGGUGAGGACUUCGAUCUUGUAAGACAGAAAGGUAUAUUUCCAUAUGAAUACUUAGAUGACAUAAGUAAACUUGACACUGAGGGACUUCCAAGUAAAGACAAGUUCUACUCAUCUCUAUACGAGUCUGAAGUGAAAGAAGAAGAUUACCAAAGGGCUCUAAAAGUUUGGGAUCACUUUAAGAUGAAAACAAUGAGGGACUACCACGAUCUCUACCUGGAAACUGACGUUCUUCUUCUAGCAGAUGUUUUCGAGAAUUUCAGGAAGACCUGCUUGGAGAAUUACAAGCUUGACCCUGCUCACUACAUAUCAGCACCUAGUCUAAGUUGGGACGCAUUCCUAAAACAGUCAGGAGAGGAAAUAGAAUUGGUAAGCGAUAUGGAUAUGUUCCAGUUCUUUGAGAAGGGAAUGAGAGGUGGGGUAAGUCAUAUUGCUCAUAGACACUCCACAGCAAAUAAUAAGUACAUGGAAACGUACGACGAGACAUCUGAAAAUAAGUUCCUUAUGUACCUCGACGCCAACAAUUUAUAUGGCUGGGCAAUGUCUCAACCUCUUCCAAAUGGAGAGUUUGAGUGGAUCGAGGAAGUCGAUAAAAUAAAUAUCAACGACUACUUAGGAGACAGUGGAAGGGGUAUGGUUCUUGAGGUUGAUAUGGAAUAUCCAGAAGAACUUCACGAUAUACAUAACGGUUAUCCUCUAGCUCCAGAAAGUAAGGAGAUCGAUGUGUCAAUGUUAUCGGACUACGCAAAGGAUAUUGCCGAUAAAUUCCAGCUGACAAUUGGAGGUGUACGGAAACUGGUGAACUCCUUAGGCCCUAGGAAGAAUUACGUUCUACAUGUCAGGAAUCUGAAACUCUACAUGGAACUGGGAAUGAAACUUAUAAAGGUUCACAGAGCAGUCUCCUUCAAGCAGUCAACUUGGUUGAAAAAAUAUAUUGACUUCAAUACUCAAAAACGCUCAGUCGCUAAGAAUGCGUUUGAGAAAAACUUCUUCAAGCUUAUGAAUAAUUCCAUCUACGGAAAGACUAUGGAAAAUUUGAGGAAGAGAGUUGAUGUGAAGUUGGUGUCAUCAAAAAACGAUCUCCUUAAACUGACUGCAUCUCCAUGCUUCCAGUCACAUAGGAUUAUGAAUGAGAAUCUGAUCGUGGUAAAGAGAAUGAAGGAAGUGUUAACCUUAAACAAGCCGUGUUAUGUGGGAAUGAGUAUCUUAGAUUUAUCCAAGACCCUAAUGUACGACUUCCACUACAACACAAUCAAGAAAGAAUACGGUGACAAGUCGAAGCUACUCUUCACAGACACUGACAGUCUAAUGUAUGAGAUUAAGACUGAUGACGUGUACGAGGACUUCAAGAGGAUCGGUGAGAAGGAAGACUGUUGGGACAACUCAGAUUAUCCGAAAGAUUCUCCGUACCACUCAGCUCACAAUAAGAAGGUGAUCGGAAAGUUUAAGGAUGAAGCAGCAGGAGUACCAGUGAUAGAAUUCAUAGGGUUAUGGUCAAAGAUGUACUCUUAUGUAAAGGAGAGCGGCGGAGGUGGAAUGACAGCUAAAGGUGUGAAAAA